AAACACUGUUUCUUUCUCUCUCUCUCUCUCGUUCUUUCUUUAUUUCUCUCUCUUCUUGAAGUUUCGUUUGAAGGAGAAAGAAAGAAAGAAAGAAUAAUCUUUAAUAAUAAUGGGAAAGCUUCUCUGCGAUUCAACGGCGACGAUUCAAUCUCCCUCACCAACCGUUCCUUGGAGGGAGCCCUCCACAGCCGCCAUCGAUGGCGUGGAUCUAGUCAACCAAUCCUCGGCCGCCGCGGCGUUCGAAGCGGCGGAGAAGACGAUGGCCGCGACCGCGUGGGACGACGUUUCCGGUCUCGAGGAGCAGCAAAGACGCCACCUUCGGCGUCUUCACGCGAAGGGCGUCCUCUGGAAGCACCCGGGGAAGGAAGAAUCCUCCUCGCCGCCCGUCGUUUUCCGCCUCUCGCACGGCGGAGAGGUCUCCUCCGACGGGAACUGCCUCUUCACCGCUUCCCAGAAGGCAAUGGAGGCGCGUGUGGUCGACGCUCGCGACCUACGGCGGCGCGCGGUGAGGAGGUUCCUCGAGGAUUUCGGAUCCGCGGGGGAGGAGGAGAAGGAGGCUGUCAGGGAGGCGAUAAGGCACAUGUACUCGCCGGAUCUGAAAGCGGGAUGGGGGAUUCAUAUUGUCCAGGAGGAGAAGCUGCUCGCCAAGAAGGAGGAGCGUGAGAGUCUUGAUUCCGCCAUUGAUGAGCUUGUGCAAAUCGGAAUGCAAAGAGAAACGGCUGCGGAGUCGAUUUAUAGAGAGAGGUGUGUUCCGGUGAACGAUGGGCCUAGCUGGGCCAAGUACAUGUCUGUUUCAGGGUCAUCAGAAGAUGAGCAUGACAUCAUCAGCUUGCAGUAUACGGAGGAUGGUUUGUUAUCUGUUGACGAGAACAGACAAGGGCAUGCCGCUGCUUUUGGUGAUGACAUUGCGAUCGAGUGUCUUGCCACAGAGUUCAAACGAGAGAUCUAUGUGGUGCAAGCGCAUGGGUCUGAUGGGAUGGUGGAGGAAGAGAACUGUGUGUUCUUCCUUCCACACAAACCGAGAAGCGAGGUCAUUGAGUCUCCAGUGUUUCUAUUCAUGAAAGGCACGGGUUGGUGCGGUGGUGGAGCAGAUCAUUACGAGCCAUUGAUAGCGAGCCCAUCUCAGAUUAUAUCGCAAGAGAAAGUGGCAUUCGUUCUAUGAUUUUUUUGGGCUGCUUCUUCAAACAGUUUUGUUGAGCGUUGGUAGAAGAGUUAUCACAUUGUUAGGGAGAGUUGAUUGUUUUGUAUUAGUGUCUGAGAGAGCAUUUGAUUGUUUUGUUUCGUUAUCGUGUAAUCUUCAGCUUUCCAACUGUAUUUGGGCGUAUCAACCACAUGAGUGUUGAUAAUUGUCACGUGAACAAACUCGAGUUCACGAUAGAGAAAAAAAGC